AUGCAAGAAAAUGACGAUCAGACAGUAUACAAAUUACACAACCAGGAUUUUGUAUACAUAAGAGAUUGGUUGUUGAGAAGAGGUUAUAUAUUUUCCGAUCCUCAUUUCAAGUAUGACGAGAAAUACGAGUGGCACCGACCAUGGAAGAUAAUGGAGGAACCUUGUCUGUUCAAUGGAGAACCGACUCAACACGAUGUCUUCCAAGGAGGAUUUGGGAACUGCCAUUUCGAGGCUACCAUGACUUGCUUGGGAGUUCAUCCAGAACUUGUGAACCAAGUGGUCCCUUUUGAUCAGAGCUUUUAUGAUAAAUACGCAGGGAUAUUUCACUUUCGGUUCUGGAGAUUCGGAAGAUGGUACGACGUAGUCAUUGAUGACCGCCUCCCUAUUCUUAAAGGAAAAUUGGCGUCAACUAGAGCACCAAACAAUGUUUUGUGGCCGGCUCUCUUAGAAAAGGCGUACUUAAAAUUUAUGUUUGGCGCAUACGUAAACGAAGGGGGGAGAGAGUACGAAGUUAUGCAGCAUUUUACUGGUGGCGUAGUAGAGCGAAUUAGACUUAGAAAUGACCUUACAGGAUUUGACAAGAAUUUGCUCAAGGCAUUUGCAAGAAGAUCGCUCAUUAGUUGUGGAAUCCUUAGCGAUUCCACCAAAGAAGGACCAACUCCUGGAAAUAUACAAAGGGAACACUCAUACGCGAUAACUGGCGUAAGAACCGUAAGUGUUCCUGGGCGUGGAGAAGUUCUUUUGAUUCGUCUCAGAAAUCCUUGGGGACGUUUCGAGUGGAACGGCGCAUGGAGCGACGGAUCAAAGGAAUGGGAACAAGUUCCUGAAUCUCUCAAAAAAGAAUUAGCAGUGGUUAACCGAAAUGAUGGAGAAUUUGUGAUGGAAUAUUCAGACUUUAUGUCAAACUUUGGUGUUAUGGAUAUUUGCUAUUUGAGUCCUAACGUAUAUUUAAGCGCGUACGGACAGAACACAGAAGUUGGACAGUGGCACUUGGAUAUGGUCAAGGGUAGUUGGAUAAAAGGUGUGACAGCUGGAGGGUCCAAAUCCCUGCAUGAGAAUCCCCAAAUAAGGUUGAAGCUGAGCGAAUUGGACGGUGACAACGACGGCGAGUGUUCCGUGCUGAUUGCGUUGCUACGAAAAACACCCGCAUUGGACAGUAGUUACGUAGAACUCGGGUUUAACGUUUACCGUAUUUCUAACUUGAAUCAACCCGCUUUAGACCAAGACUUUUUGAAAAGCAACCAACCAGUUUGCUCCUACGCCCCAGGCAACUAUCGACGUGAAAUAGUAGGCAGGUAUGCGUUUAAGCCAGGAGCAUAUUGCGUGAUUCCUUAUACGCAAGACGGAGUAAAUGGAGAAUUUCUAUUGAGAAUUUAUACUGAAAAGAAGCCGCUAAUUAAGGACUCAGAUUCUGCUAUUAAAAUAGGUCUUUCACCGGACGAAGUGCUAGACAGUGAUGCACCAGUGUCACGAACACCAUUAGAAACUAUUAAAGAGUUCAAAAUUGACCAAUCAAUUACAAAAUAUUUUCUCAAGCUGUCUGGCCCUAACAAAGAAGUUGAUUGGAAAGAUUUAAAGAAAAUUUUAGAUUUUGGCUCGAAGAAAAGAGUUUUGCCCGCUGAGGAUAAUAGUGACGGCUGGGGCCAUUUUCUUUUUGACGCAGCAACUUUGAUUUAUAACAAAGUUUUCGGAACAACCAAUAAAAAGAGUGUUCAAAUUCUGGACGAACAAAGGAGCUACAAAGUCAAGCCGUGCGACAAUGCUAGCGCAGUUCUUGGCAAUGAUUCUGAAAGCUUUGGAAUCCCGCACAUAAAAAGGCAAUAA